AUGAAAUGCAAGUCUCCACCCACACUCCAGGAGCUGGCAGAAAAUGGCCUCCUGAAGAACCAGGCGUUGGCUAUCUCUGCUUUGGACGACAUUCCCUCACUUCUCAUCCCAUCACUGUUCAGAAAGGCCUGCCAAAGGGGUUACUUCACGCUCAUGAAGGCGAUGGUGCGGGCCUGGCCCUUUCCCUGCCUCCCACUGGGGGCCAUGAGCAGGAGGAAGAGGGCCUACAGGAGAAUCUUAGAGGUUAUCCUGUGUGGGCUUGAUGCCCUUCUUUUCCAGAAGGUUCCCCACACGAGGUGCAAACUGAAAGUGCUGGAUUUACGGGUGAUGCCUCUGAAGUUGUGGAACAGGCUGCCUGUGUUCAGGGCUGGGAGUGAGAGCCAAGAGGUGGCAGGCCAGUCAGGAACGGAGGUGAAGCAGCCACUGAAGGUGGUGGUAGACCUAGUCCUCAAGGAAAAUAGGCUGAAUUUCGUAAGGACCUUCCUCAUUCAGUGGGUCAGUCAGAGGAGAGGUUUGGUGAGGCUGUGCUGUAGCAAGCUGCAGAUCUGGGCUAUGUCCACUCACAGCCACAGACAUGUCUUGGAGAUGUUGGAUCUGGACUCUGUCCAGGAACUGGGUCUGUACUACAUCAGUAAUCCUGUCUGCCUGCUUAACUUCGCCCCUUACCUGGGCCGAAUGAGGAACCUGCGCAGUCUAGUCCUCUCUCACCUCUGGCAGGCUUUCUCUAUGACCCCAGUGGAGAAGCAGCAGGUCAUCACCCAGUUCACCUCACAAUUCCUCAAGCUGAAAUGCCUCCAGAGCCUGUGUCUGGAUACUGUCAUCUUCCUGGAGGGCCACCUGGAUGAGCUGUUCUGGUGGCUGAAGACGCCCUUGGAGACCUUGUCAGUGAUUGACUGUAAUCUGUCAAAAUCAGACUGGAACCACAUAUCUGAGUUCUGGUGCACAAGUCAGCUAAAACACCUGAAUUUGAAAUGGGUCAAACUGACCCAUUUGAGCCCAGAGCCCCUUAGAGUUCUGUUGCUAAAAUGUGCAUCUACCCUGAUGACCCUGGAGAUGGAAGGCUGUCAAAUAACGGACUUCCAAUUCCUUGCCAUCCUGCCUGCCCUGAUAAGUAGUGCUCAGCUCACCCAGUUUAACUUACAAGGAACCCAGCUCUUUGUGUUUUUGAGAGAGUUGGUGUAUAACGCUGUCAAUCUAGGAUCCCAGCAGUCAAAGAUAUGCUUUGUGCCAAGCAGUGAUCAUCACAGUGACCUGAAUUUUGAGGUUGUUUCUCAGCCUCAUGUUGAGUUUGUAGAGGUGCAGAGGACUAUUGGGUGA